CCGACACUGCGACUGCGAGCAGAUGACGAGGAGGGGGAGUGAUAGAGUCGCCUCCCUUGAAAAAAGGCCAACGCCCAACUCGCUUCUCGAUAAGGUCUUCAAUAUCAGCAGCAGCAGGCUGUUGGAGUAGGGCUGACUGACAGCGCAUUAUCAUUCUUUUUGAAAUCGUCGCUCCUUUCAGAAUAAUUCCCCCCCUCUCGUAAAGCCACAGGAUUUGAAACGAAGGUGUAUCAAAGGUACACAGUGCGCCCUCGCGUUUGAGAAUUAUUCCUGUGGAGGUUUUUUUCCCCGUGUUCAUUUCGGUUUUCUCUUCUGUUCUGAUGUGCGCCAUGUGACGAGGGAAGGCGAGCUGCUCUCAGGAUCUGUGGUUCUUCCUCGGACUCCGGAUCACACCGCCGGUUCGUACCCAGGCCAUCGCCAAUGUUCCGGAACUUUGUGAAGCCCGCUGCUUUUGGCAAGGAGAGCAUGCGGGAAUGCCAGGGAGAACCUCUCGCUGAGAUAGGUCAAGGGUCACACCCAGAUGAUGUGCCCACGACCUUCAUCAACGGAAGUGACGUGUACACAAUACCUACUGACGUCAGUCAUGGGUAUAUUGGUGCUUCAGAAAACGGUAGGAUUAUACAGUCUGUGCCAACAAACGCUGGGAAAGGGGGCUACACAACUUCAAUCAUGGUGAACGGAACGAGUCCAAUACCGAGACGGCACUCUUCGGAACAUAGCCAAGUGAAUGGAAAUCAAAAUGAAUAUGAUCGACAAAACGAGAUUUUAAAGAACAAAGCUCGUGCCUCUUCGUAUUCUUCACCCUACGAUUAUAGUCCCCAACAAGACUUGCAACAAACAAACACACGCCACAGCUCUCCAAUUUCCACUAUAUCGGAAGAAUUUAGCCACAUGCACACAUCUCCUCCAACCACGAACUCCACACCGAAUUAUUACACCAACGGGCCACAGUUCAACCAAUCUCAAACACUGCCAGCGAAAGCUCCGCUCGCCAACGGAACAAACUCGCACUCCGCGUUUGCCUACCACAACCCGGAAGCGACAGUGCAGUCUUGCCCUUCACCGUUCCAGGGAUCUUCCGGAAGUUCGGAUGCUGACCUCGAAAGUGAAGAGCGGGACCAGUUUUUCAUUGCGUCACCUCCGAUGAUGAAGAGGUUCAACGUUGUUCCUUCAUCACCCGCGCAGGCCGAUCCGGUGUUUGUGGGUCGGAGGGACGUGCGUGACCCCAAGUCUGUGCACGAGAGGCAGAUCGUGAGCUCGAAAGGUACAGUCCGCGGGUUCAAGAACAGAGUACGGGCAGGGAUAGCCACGUUCUGGGCGCAGCCGGAUGAUCAGAUCAUCGAAUACACUUCAGUCGAGCAGCCAAAACUUGUUAGAAACUACCGGCAACUGGAGCAAGGGAAGAUUGUGAUCUACGCGACCACCAUGUCUGUGGUACGUGAGACGAGCGAGCGCUGCAAGGUCGUGCGUUGUCUGCUACAGAACCACAUGGUUCGGUACGAGGAGCGCGACCUGUACAUGAGCCGAGAGAUACAGCAGGAGCUGCGACAACGCCUGGCACAGGAGGGCGUGUCAGAGGUCAGACUGCCGCACGUGUUUGCUGAUGGGAUCCAUCUAGGGGGUUCUGAUGAGCUAGAGAAGCUGAAUGAGGCCGGCGAGUUGCGAGGGCUUCUCGAUAGCUAUGCGAAAAUCGUGGUGCGCAUCAUGUGUGAAAAGUGCGGAGGGUACCGGUUCGUGCCCUGCGAGACGUGCCAUGGGAGCAAGCGGUCUCUGAUCAGGAACCAUUUCACUGAAGAGUUCUGUGCCCUGCGAUGUAUGCAGUGCGAUGAGAACGGGUUGAGGAGGUGCGAUAUGUGUAAAGACCAACAGGAGUGACCUUCCUUCAAGAACACGCCACGCCUCAAUUUAUGACGUAAAAAAGAGUUGCUUUUGUUGUUGUCAAGACAACAUUUUGGCCCACAGAGAUCGCUCAAGGCAAAGAGAAUCAUUCUGAUCAGGUGGACUUGUAUUCCUGCAGAGAAUAUUAUUAGGUGUUGAUUAGAAUCUAAUGGUCUGAAAAGCCCACAUGCUGCUCGCAUUCAUAGGCUAAGUGAAAUGGAAAAAGAAGAUUUUAGAUGCUCAAAAAUGUUGCAAAUUCUUCUUUGCCAGAAUUGGCCUCGUAAGCCAGAACAGUAGCCACAAAUUAUCGUAAUCUAUAUUUCUUC